CGUUCAUGUGCCAUCGUGGAGAAAGUGGAUGUUCUCUAUCUCUUCCGCCAGUGGCCGUUCCGAUCAAACCUCCGACUUGCCUCUUCAACCCCCGGAUCUUGACCCGCACUGCAGGCUUUCAUUCAAUAUUUCUAUAGAACCCUCCUGCCCCUCCAAUACUUUCGUCAUUGUCAUCGGUUGAGUUGGGAUUGUCUUAUAUUCUUUAUCUAUCUGUCUACCCAUCCAUCCAUUCUUCUUCCUCAGGCUACAUUUACUGCUUCUUAUCCAGCAGUCCAUUUUCUUGCUCCCUCUGGCCUUUAAGCCUUCUAUUCAAUCCCCUAUCAUACCCCGCAUACAGUCGUUUGGAUUGUCAUGUCCACCGUACGAACUCUUGCUUCCCGCCUCCCACAGGCCGGCCGCCGGCCUGUGCUGGGUGCACGAUACGGCCAGACCCUGCGCCUCCAGUCUCGCGCCAACGCUACAGUGCCCUUCAGACUUCCCGACGCCAGGAAUGAGCCCAACCCCACAUACGUUGAGGGCUCACCAGAGCGUACUAAAUUGCUUGAAGUUGUCAAGCGAAUGAGGUCAGAGCUUCCUCUCAAGAGUGAACUGAUCAUCGACGGAAAGGCACAGGCUUAUUCUCAAGCUUGGGAGCAGCCUCUUCCUUUUGAGCACAAGACGACCUUCACCAGCUACCCUCUCGCAUCAAAGGAGCAAGUUUCUGGCGCCAUUGAUUCUGCCCUCGCGGCCAAGAAGUCUUGGGAGCAAACCCCCUUCGUUGACCGUGCUGCUAUCUUCCUCAAGGCAGCUGAGCUUGUCGCUGGAAAGUACCGCCAUGAACUUAUCGCUGCUACUAUGCUCGGUCAGGGCAAGAACAUGUGGCAGGGUGAGAUCGAUGCCGCCGCCGAGCUUGCUGACUUCUUCCGAUUGAACUGCAACUGGGCUGCUGAGGUCAUGGAGAGGCAGCCAACUCGCGGAAGCGAUGGUAUGUGGUCUCGUCUCGACUACCGACCUCUUGAGGGUUUCGUUUACGCCAUUUCUCCCUUCAACUUCACUGCUAUCGGUGGUAACCUCAUCGCUGGCCCCGCCAUUAUGGGUAACGUUGUCCUAUGGAAGCCAUCUCCUUCCAACAUUUACGCCAGCACCAUUGUGUACAAGAUUCUCCUCGAGGCUGGUCUCCCCGAGGGCGUCAUUCAAUUCGUCCCCGGAGAUGCCGAGCUCAUUAAUGAUGUUGUCUUCAACCACCACGACUUCGCUGGUCUAAACUUCGUUGGCUCCUCCGACGUGUUCAGGUCCCUCUAUGCCCGCGUUGGUGAGGGAAUUGGCAAGAAGACUUACCGCGAGUUCCCCCGCCUUGUCGGUGAAACCAGCGGAAAGAACUUCACUCUCAUCCAUCCCACUGGUGACAUCGAGUCUGCUGCCUACCACACCAUCCGUGGCACUUUUGAGUACCAGGGCCAGAAGUGCUCUGCCACUUCUCGUCUUUACGUGCCAGAGUCUCGUUCCAAGGAGUUUAUCGACAAGCUGACCUCCCACAUCAAGAAGAUCACGAUCGGUAACCCAGUUCAGGACGUCUCUGCAUUCAUGGGACCCGUUAUCCACAGCCGUUCUUUCGAGAAGAUCAAGGAGGUCAUUGACGAGAGCAACAACGAUCCAUCGCUCAAGCUCAUCGCUGGCGGCAAAUACGAUGGUUCCAAGGGAUACUACGUUGAGCCAACUGUCUAUCUCGCCGACUCGCCUGACCACAAGCUAUUCAACUAUGAAAUUUUCGGACCUGUUCUCGCCAUCCACGUGUACCCUGAUGCUGAGUGGAACUCCAUCUUGAAGAAGGUUGACCAGGCCGGCGGCGGUUUCGCUCUCACCGGCGCUGUCUUCGCCAACUCUCGUGCUGCCAUUCGCGAGGCCGAGGAUGCUCUCCGCUACUCCGCUGGUAAUUUCUACAUCAACUGCAAGACCACUGCUGCUCUUAUCGGCCAGCAGAGCUUCGGUGGAGCCCGUGCCAGUGGUACCAACGACAAGGCAGGAAGCUCCAACCCCAUCCUGCGAUUCACUUCUCCUCGCUUGAUCAAGGAGGAGUUCUUCCCCCAGGAAGGUUUCCUAUACCCCAGCAACCAAUAGAUUGUUGCUUCUUUUGACGACCGACAAAUGAUGGGACAUUUUCGAUCCCAAGAGACUAUGAAUGAUUGUGUAAAUACGAAUAUCAAGUCGGAAUGUAAGGCAUAGACAAAACAGGCGCUAGCAUGAGCUGUAAUGUAUCAUCUUCUAUUACCACUACCCGGGCGGGAGGGUUUUUCAUCGGUAGAGAGUGUCAUGAAAAUAUACUAUUCAAACUAUAACAAGG